AUGGACCUUUCCCAAGGUGAUCUAUCUUUGGAUCAAGCGAGAAUUCAAUUCAGGACGUACGACCAUAAACUCCACGCUGCGGCAAUAUCUAGCAACGUUGACUCCCACGGGACACCAUUUGAAAGCUACGAUAUUCCUAUACGCCGACGGACGUAUGCCGAUGCGCUGUUCGAGGAGUCUUCCCAAUGGGCACGAAAGCGGAUUUCCGAAUGCCUAAAAUCUCACGAGUCGUGUCAGCAGUACCAUCGAAACCAACGAGACGCUACCUUUAUACCUUCACGGUUAAUCAAUAUCGAUCCUACGAAACUGGAAGGGGAUGUUGUCCUUGAAACUCGAGACACCGUUCGUAAGGGUCAUGUUGAGGUACCUAAAUAUGUGGCACUUAGUUAUUGCUGGGGACUGUACAAGCCUGAAUGCUUGACUACUGCCGAAACGGUAGCAAGAAAUAUGCAAAGGAUCCCGUGGUCAAUGCUUCCCGCGACUUUUAGGGAUGCCAUCAAUUUUACGCGCUGUCUCGGGAUAAACUACAUAUGGAUUGAUAGCGUCUGCAUUAUCCAGGGGGAUAAAGAGGACUGGGUCCGUGAAGCGGGGUCGAUGUUUGACGUAUACAGAAAUUCUUAUGUAACACUGGCGGCUCUGUACGGCGACUCAAGCGAUCGAGGCCUUCGCUCAAUGUCAAUGCAAGACCAGCUUGUGAAAAUAGCGGAUUUAGGUUGGGAAAAAGAUCGAUAUCCCGUUUAUAUACGACCGGAGCCUCAUUAUCUAUCAGGGUAUUUGUCGGAUAUUCACGAGGAUGCAAAGAACACGCUCAGGGCCUGGGGGCCUCUGUUCUAUCGGGCGUGGACUUACCAGGAGCGCAUGAUUGCCCCAAGAGUUAUUCUUUUCGACAAAUCUGAGAUUAUCUUCCAGUGCUAUAGCACCGCAUCUUGCGAAUGCGGCGCCAUAACGGAAGAGUUGAUGCGUUCAGACAGGGCGCAGAAGUUCACUUUUUUCGACUGCGCAAUUGAUACUGACCGAAAAAGUCGCUCUACUAUCUCGCAUUUUUGGAGAAGCAGUAUCGCAGGAGAGUUCGGGGGGUUAGACAUAACUAAUCCUAGCGACAGGUUAAUAGCUCUCGGGGCUAUUGCUAAGCAAUUCCAAAGAGCGUUCCCUGGUGAAGAGUAUUUGGCUGGCCUGUGGUCAGGAUCGUUCAUCCAAGAAAUGCUCUGGUUUUGUCCUGACUUAGAUGCUGAGCUUUACGCCAACCGAAAGCAAACCUUGAAUAGACCGUACUCCUUGCCAACUUGGUCGUGGGCAUCCCUAAAAGGCAGCAUGCAUACCCAUGUCGACCCACCGGACGACAAAAUUCUCGCAACGGUCGUCAAAGCAGAAUGUCAGUAUGGAAAUGACAAUCGGUUCGGUAUCCUGAAGAGCAGCUUCUUGAUUUUAUGUAGUAGAUUAUUACCCACUGAGAUUAAAUGGGCGGGUUUCGGUUUCACUCUCUGUCUUGAGCUCAAUGCACUCACGUUCCUUUGGAUGGAUCAUGAUGGUACUGGGUACCAGAAUGACCCCGAACGACAAGAAGUCUAUCUACUUGAGAUGGUGUAA